AUGGACGUGAUCGGGAACCUGGUGGGCGGGCAGACAUGCGCCGCCGAUGGCACAACGGCGUCCCGGAACCCGAUAGCUCGUCUGGUGGACACCCUUAUGGAAGGGUCAGCAGGGGCCGGCGGCCAGAUGAAAGGCCCCUCGCGACGAGACUUCUGCCCACAACAGCAGCAGGGAGGGCCGAUGAUGCGUGCCCCCCCCCCGGGAGCUGCUGCCGCUGCCCAUGCCCACGCACAAGCUCAAGCUCAAGGAAUGAUGGGUCCGAUGGUGGGGCCUAAAGGCAACGCGAGCCAUCCCGAGCAGGGUCAACACCGGCACCCUCACGGCAACAACGACUGGGCGCACGAGUUCGAGGGCGGCAACCGCGGACCUCCGCCGCACAUGAUGAUGCAAAACCACCGCCAAGACUUCGACGCUGGGUGGGGGAACGAGUUCCACGGACAACACGAGAUGCGAGGGUCGAUGAUGCACCAGCCGCAUCCGGCGGAGCUUGAGCACCUGGAGGCAGCCUGGGCGGCGCAGCAGGGAGGGUUCGGGUCUGAGCCCAUGGCGUACGGACCUGAUGGGGCGCCGCCGCCGCCGCCAGCAGCGGCGUUCGGGCCUGGGAUGGCGCCGAGACCUGGGAUGCACGGCCAGAGUCUUGUUAGCGCCGGCGGCGACGAGGAGAAAGGGGUUGGGGAAGGGCAAGUCGGCGCUAGCGCGAGGUCGCUCGUCGGGCAGAUGGCGGCGGACCCGGAUGGGCGCUUCCGCGACAGCGAGCUGCUCCGAUUCGCGACCCGCUUGGGCACGGGGGGGUUGCGGGUCUCUGGCGAUAAGGUGGUUCCGGGCUCCGGGGAGGCGCAGGGUCUCGAUGAAGCCUGGGCAGGGGGGGCAUCGUCGCAGCAACAGCACCAGCAGGCCGGCGAUCCGGCGGUGGCGGCGGCAGCAACAAAGGCGGAUUUUCAAGUUGCGUACGCGGAGAAUGAAGCCGCCGAGCAGCAGCAGCAGCAGGGGCCGCUGGUGGGCUCCUUCAGCGACGCGUGGAACGGCCUCGAUUCCGGAGUGGGGGUCCGCGAAGAGCCCUCCUUGAAACCGUCGGCGGCGGAACUGCUGUCCUCGGCCCAGGAGGAGGCGUGGUCCGACGGGAAGACCGGCCUGGCCCCCGACUUCCAGGAGAAAAUGGAAGCUGCGUGGAGAGAAGUGGAGCAAGGGGGGGUCGGCGCGGGGGCUGGGGUCGGCGACCCAGACCUCCAGGCGAUUUGGGAGGAGUCAGACGACGACGCCGCGGGAGUUGAGACUCUGGAUGGCGUUUGGAGUCGAACGGCAGCGACUCUGGAGGCCGGCGAAGGGAACUUGGAGGCCCCCUACGAGCUCAGCGCGGAGAACCGGUUCAACGACGUCGACAGCCCGUUCGAGGAAGGGGUUAGGCUGUUCGAGGAGGGUCAGAUAGCGGACGCGGCGCUGUGCUUCGAGGCGGAGAUCGCGAGGAAUCCCGACAACUCACAGGCGUGGUUCAUGCUGGGACAGAGCCAUGCGGAGAAUGACCAAGACCGAUUAGCCAUCUCGUGCCUCGAAAAGGCGGUGGAGAUCGACCCGUACAGCCUAGAUGCCUUGCUGGCGCUCGGGACGAGUUACGUCAACGAGCUAGACUCUCAGAAAGCGUUGACAAAUCUUAAGGCAUGGGUUGAGCACAACCCGAAGUACUCGGGCCUCGAGAUAGCGGUGGACGAGUACAGCGACGGCACUCUGAUGGACGAGGUGAUGCAGUUGAUGCUGCAGGCGCAACGGUGGGACGCGACGGACGCGGACGCUCACGUGGUUCUGGGGGUGCUGUACAACGUGUCUCGCGACUACGACAGCGCCGCGGAGGCGUUCCGAAGAGCCAUCGAGGCCAGGCCGAACGACCACUCGCUCUGGAACAAGCUCGGAGCAACCUUGGCCAACAGCCGACAGAGCGAAGCCGCCCUCCCCGCGUACCGCCGUGCAAUCGCUAGCAAACCCGGGUACGCACGGGCGUGGCUGAACAUGGGCAUAAGCCAGGCGAAUCUCAACCGUUACGAGGAAGCCUCGUCGUGCUACCUACAGGCCUUGAGGUUAAAUCCAGAAGCGAAACACAUAUGGUCGUACCUGCGCAUCGUCUUCAGCAGCAUGGAGCGCUUCGACCUGGUGCAGAAAGCAGGCAAGGAGGACGCCGGGCUGUUCGAAGACGACUUUGACUUGGCCCUGCCCACCCCGCCGCCGUAGGCUCAGGCAACACGCUGCUGGUAGAUAGAUAGCUAGUUUCUUGAACGGGUACGGGUCGGUGGUGAACGCAAGCGGUUGAGAGGGUACGCCCAAGCUGACUGAGAUUGUUAUCUAGUCCUACUACCGCCCCCCCCCCCGUAACCACGUCUCAUUCAGUGGUGGUUCCGUUGUUGUUGGUAGAAACAGCCGGUGUUGUUGACGGUGCAAAGUUGGUGCUGUUGUGUGUACGAUUGCAGGG